AUGUUCGCCACUGCGACGACCCGAACCCUCCUCCUCGCCCGCGCCGCGGCGGCCAACCCGGCCCUCGCGAACCGACUCCUCGCCGCAACCACAACCGUCCCGGCUCGAAGCUACGCUACGCCCGCCGGCCCGCCUCCGCCCGGGUUCCGCCAGAAGCCGUACCUGCGGUGGGACGAGGAGAAGGAGGGCACGUUCGACAAGCUGGGCAAAUACUUCCUCAUGACCGAGAUGUUCCGCGGCAUGUACCUGCUGAUGGAGCAGUUCUUCCGGCCGCCUUAUACCAUCUACUAUCCUUUUGAGAAGGGCCCCAUCUCCCCCCGCUUCCGCGGCGAACACGCCCUCCGGCGCUACCCCUCGGGCGAAGAGCGCUGCAUCGCCUGCAAGCUCUGCGAGGCCGUGUGCCCGGCCCAGGCCAUCACCAUCGAGGCCGAGGAGCGCGCCGACGGCUCCCGCCGCACCACGCGCUACGACAUCGACAUGACCAAGUGCAUCUACUGCGGCUUCUGCCAGGAGUCGUGCCCCGUCGACGCCAUCGUCGAGUCCCCCAACGCCGAGUACGCCACCGAGACCCGCGAGGAGCUGCUGUACAACAAGGAGAAGCUGCUCGCCAACGGCGACAAGUGGGAGCCCGAGCUGGCUGCUACGAUUCGGGCUGAUGCCCCUUACCGGUAA